CGUACACCGUAGUACAUUAACCAAUAACCAACUACCAACGGCGGUCGGCGUAGCGUUGUCCAACGUCCGUACUCCGUAGAUCUGAGAUCGUUGCAAAUGCUAUAGCUUAUACGCCUAGUCUAGUAGUCUGUAGUGUAAAAUACACUGUGUUAUGUGUAUUGUGUCGUUUUAAAGUAUCAAGUAACAAUCGAGUAUAAAGAUUUUUAUGGUCUUAUUGUGUUAAAUUAUAUAUUAUGAUUUGUGCCUAAAGCUAUUUUUAUGUGUGUCUUUUGUUUAUUUAAUAAUUUUUUGUAUUGAUUUAAUGUUUAUUUAUGUAAAAAACGUCGACAUAAGACUUACUUGACAUGGCUAAAUUUGUGGUUGAAUUUUCACCUCCUGUUAAACUAAACAACCAGGAUAUUGAGAAUAAUGAAUUAGUUGCAAAUUGUAUAAUAUUGGCACCGUUUCAGAAACAAGCUCAAGUAGAAUUUAAAAACAUUAAACUUAAAGAAACAGCAGUCAGGUAUCUUACAAUAGUGAAUCCACUCGACAAACCUAGACAGUUUACUUUACCUCCUCCAAGUGAUGGUAUAUAUUUUGAUGUUUAUGAUUUUUCCUUGGAACCUAACUCUCAGCGGUUAUUGACUAUCACCUGGCAACCAGCAGAAUAUGGUAAUAUACGUAAAUUGGUUAAAAUAGAACAGAAGGAUAGCAACAAGAAGUAUGAUUUUGUUGUGCUUGGAAGUUGUAAUUUUCCUCCACACAAAAGAUCAAAGGUCCUUAAUUCAAAAACAUCAAAUGUGUCAAAAAAAUUAAAGAAUUGUGGCCAGAAAAAUAAUGAUAUAAAUAAAACAAGGCUCAUAAACACUGAUUUAGACCAUGCUCCAUUAAUAAAAACAGCUUUGCAAGUGCGUAGGUCUAAUGAGCAAGAUGUUAUACAAUCGCCUCUAAGAAGACAAACUUACUUAGUCGGAGAAAAAGAAAAUUAUCCAGUUACUAAAAGAAACAUAUGCCGUGAUACUCUCUUAAUCAGUCCAGAACGCAGUAUGAAACGACCAGACCAACAACGCCAAGACCAUUAUUUUAAUAGCCAUUUUAACUUACACAACAAAAGUUCCAGCCCUAUGAGUGAUGAUUCUUUAGAAAAACCAAUCAAAUUAAUACCUACUCAUUCUCCAUUUAAUGAUUUUUGUUUAACUCCAUUGAAAAACAGUGAAAAUUUGCUGUCUCCUUUUAGCACUACAAGAAAAUCUCAUAGUUUCGAGGAACAACAAUUGAGUUUUGAUAUUCCAGAUGGCGCAUCAGCUUCAACUUCUUUAAAUUCAUUAUUGGGUUUUAAGCCUAUAGAGACAUCAACUGUUUCUAAAGUAUAUACACCAGAAGAGAAAAAGCCAAAUAGAGUAUCUGUUAAUCUUCUUAACAUAUAUGAGAAAACAUCUGAAGAUGGAGAAUCUAAUAAGGCUAGCACUACUUAUAUAAAGGAAGAUGUGUCUACAGAGUUAAAUUCUUCACCAACAUUGUCUAAUAAAAUAAAUAGUAGUCAAUGCACAACAUUCUACAAUUCUCAUUACCGUUCAAUGAUUACAUGCAGUGGUUCUAAACCUAAAAGGCCAUCAUUUGUAAUAAAAAACUCGCCAUACUAUAAAUGUAGUCCUAAAGCAUCUGCUAUUUCCAAGUCUAAAUUGAAACAAUAUAGUAUCAGUCCACUUAGAUCAUCUCGUAUGAGAGCACCAAAGCUUGACAAAUGUGAUCAAUAUUUGAAAUGCAUAGCUAAUCCUGAUUUAGUUUAUCAUAACAAUGCUGAUGACCCUUUUUUAAAAAUGUCUCAGUAUUAUGAAUCUGAAUGGUUGAAUCGUCAAGAAUCAGAUAUGAUUCGUUGGCUUAAUGCACUACUGACACCAACUGACAAGCUAGUCGAUGAAGAGCAUUCUGGUGAUUUGGAACAAGCGGCUAUGGCCUGGGUAGAAGCGUCUAAAGAAUCUCAUAAAAAUAAACCUAUGCAAUUUGCCACACAGAAAGAUCUUUUUGUAGCACAGAUAUAUAGACAGUCACCACAGCAAUGGAGUGCUUUAAGAAAAGCUACAACAAAUCUUAUUACGUCUCAAAGUGUAGCUACUGUUCUAUCAAAAUUAUCAAUUUCUAUUGAAAAAGAUCUCAUUACUGUAAGAGACGAUCGUCAAAUUCAUUUAGAUUUGAGUUUGAAAAAAAAGAUUACAGAUAUGUUAAAAUGUUACAAUCCUAUAUGGUUUCGAAUUGGAUUAGAAGCUGUAUAUGGGCAAAUUGUACCUGUCAGAGUUGGCUCUACUGACCUAGAUGGUGUUGGAUGGUUCAUCCGCAAAAAUUUAUUUAAUAACGAUUAUGUCAAACAGAAGUUUACGAAAUCGACUGUACUUCAAGUUAACUUACCAUCAUUUAAUGUUGCUAUGAAAAAGUUUAUUUUAAGAAAAAUACUUAUGCUUAUUUAUUUUUUGGACCGAGCCAAAGAACAACAACUGAUUAGACAUAACCCAUGCCUUUUUAAAGUUGAUUCUCCUUAUAAAAGCAGCUAUGAUUUUUUGAUGGGAUUUUGUGCUGAUAUGGUAACUGCUCAUGGUGAUAUUACACGACGUCUACGUAGUAUUGGGUAUAACUUAACCCACAAACAAACUCAUUUGGAUGAAGUCAAUUAUGCAGUAAAAUCAUUAAACGAUUUAAGAGAUGGUACUAGAAUCACUAGAGUGGUAGAAAUAUUGUUCAAAGGUAACCCUUUGUCACAAAAGUUACGAUUACCAGCCAUAUCCAAACUGCAAAAAAUUCAUAACGUAAAUUUAGCCAUGGAAAGAAUAUCUGACCACAUCACUAUUGAAGGUAAUAUAAAUACUCGUGAUAUUGUAAACGGUCAUAGAGAAAAAAUGCUUUCUCUUUUUUGGCAAAUAAUUUAUAAAUAUCUCACUCCAAAGUAUAACAAUGCUGCAGCAAAAAUUCAAAAUUGGUGGAGAAAUAGCAGUCUGAAAUUAGUAGUACUAAAAAGAAUAAGAGCUAAACGAAUUGCAAAGCGUAACGUUGCUGCCACCAAAAUACAAGCUCAUGUUCGUGGAUUUUUGCUUAGAAAAGAAUGGCCUCUAAUGAAAACAGAAUUAAUGAAGAACCGUGAAAAAUUGCAUGUGGCUUCCACUAAAAUUAAACAUUAUUUACAAAAGAAAUUAAAACUCUUAACAGAAGAAAGAAAACGCUUUAUUAUUUUAAGAAAAACAAUUGUAUAUGUACAAAGAAAAUUCAGAGCUAAUGCUGCAAUGAAACUUCAAAAACAAAAGUUUUUAAACCUUAAGACUUCUUCACUUACGAUUCAGAAAUGGUUCCGUGGUUAUUUAGUUCGAAAGAACUGGAGUGUAAUUAAAAUAAAUUUGGAGUCCGAAAAAACAAAUCGAAUAAAUGCUAUAAAUAUAGUUGUAUGUGCUUUAAGGAAAAACUUAACUCCUACUCAAGAUCGUUUAAAUUUCUUAAAAUUAAAACAAACUACAAUAUAUAUACAACAGUUGUUUAUAGCCAACAAAAUGAUGAAAAUUGAAAUGAAACGCUACACUAAUUUAAAAUUGGCUACAAUUUUCAUUCAGAGAAAGUUUAGAGCUAAUAUCGCUAUGAGACAACAUAGGCAUGCAUAUUUAAAAACUAGAAGUUCUACCUUACUUAUUCAAAAAGUGUUUAGAGGUUUUGUGUUACGGAAAAACUGGCCUAUGCUAAAAACUAUUCUUCAAACUGAAAAAGAAAAACGAAUUAGCUCAGCAAAUCUAAUUAAAAGAGUAUUAAGAAAACAAUUACCUCAAACACAAGAACGUCUUGACUUUUUAAAAUUGCAAACAACUGUUAUAUUUGUUCAGAGGUUAUACCGAGCAAAUAAGAUGAUGCAAAAACAAAAGAUUGAAUUUAAUUCUUUGAAGAGAGCCACAAUAUUCAUUCAACGUAAGUUUAGAGCUAAUAUUGCAAUGAGACGGGAUAGAUGUACAUAUUUAAAUAUAGUUACCUCAACUUUACUCAUUCAGAAAGUGUUUAGAGGUUUUGCGUUAAGGAAAAAUUGGCCUUUCUUAAAAACUAUUCUUUUAACUGAAAAAGAAAAACGAAUUCAUUCAUCAAAUAUAAUAAAACGCAUAUUAAGAAAACAAUUACCUCAAACACAAGAACGUCUUGACUUUUUAAAAUUGCAAACAACUGUUAUAUUUGUUCAGAGAUUAUACCGAGCAAAUAAGAUGAUGCAAAAACAAAAGAUUGAAUUUAAUUCUUUGAAGAGAGCCACAAUAUUCAUUCAACGUAAGUUUAGAGCUAAUAUUGCAAUGAGACGGGAUAGAUGUACUUAUUUGAAUACUGUUACCUCAACCUUAUUCAUUCAAAAAGUGUUUAGAGGUUUUAUGUUACGGAAAAACUGGCCUAUGCUAAAAAAUAUUCUUCAAACUGAAAAAGAAAAACGAAUUCAUUCAUCAAAUAUAAUAAAACGCAUAUUAAGAAAACAAUUACCUCAAACACAAGAACGUCUUGACUUUAUAAAAUUGCAAACAACUGUUAUAUUUGUUCAGAGAUUAUACCGAGCAAAUAAGAUGAUGCAAAAGCAAAUGAUUGAAUUUAAUUCUUUGAAGAGAGCCACAAUAUUCAUUCAACGUAAGUUUAGAGCUAAUAUUGCAAUGAGACGGGAUAGAUGUACUUAUUUGAAUACUGUUACCUCAACCUUAUUCAUUCAAAAAGUGUUUAGAGGUUUUAUGUUACGGAAAAACUGGCCUAUGCUAAAAACUAUUCUUCAAACUGAAAAAGAAAAACGAAUUCAUUCAUCAAAUAUAAUAAAACGCAUAUUAAGAAAACAAUUACCUCAAACACAAGAACGUCUUGACUUUAUAAAAUUGCAAACAACUGUUAUAUUUGUUCAGAGGUUAUACCGAGCAAAUAAGAUGAUGCAAAAACAAAAGAUUGAAUUUAAUUCUUUGAAGAGAGCCAUAAUAUUCAUUCAACGUAAGUUUAGAGCUAAUAUUGCAAUGAGACGGGAUAGAUGUACUUAUUUGAAUACUGUUACCUCAACCUUAUUCAUUCAAAAAGUGUUUAGAGGUUUUAUGUUACGGAAAAACUGGCCUAUGCUAAAAACUAUUCUUCAAACUGAAAAAGAAAAACGAAUUCAUUCAUCAAAUAUAAUAAAACGCAUAUUAAGAAAACAAUUACCUCAAACACAAGAACGUCUUGACUUUUUAAAAUUGCAAACAACUGUUAUAUUUGUUCAGAGAAUGUACCGAGCAAAUAAGAUGAUGCAAAAGCAAAUGAUUGAGUUUAAUUCUUUGAAGAGAGCCACAAUAUUCAUUCAACGUAAGUUUAGAGCUAAUAUUGCAAUGAGACGGGAUAGAUGUACUUAUUUGAAUACUGUUACCUCAACCUUACUCAUUCAAAAAGUGUUUAGAGGUUUUAUGUUACGGAAAAACUGGCCUAUGCUAAAAACUAUUCUUCAAACUGAAAAAGAAAAACGAAUUAACUCAGCAAAUCUAAUUAAAAGAGUAUUAAGAAAACAAUUACCUCAAACACAAGAACGUCUUGACUUUUUAAAAUUGCAAACAACUGUUAUAUUUGUGCAAAGAUUUUAUCGAUCAAAUAAAAUGAUGCAAAAACAAAUGAAUAAAUUUAACACUUUCAAGAGAGCAACAUUAUUGGUUCAACGUAAGUUUAGAGCUAAUAUUGCAAUGAAGCGGGAUAGAGAAGCCUACUUGAAUGCUUUAAAUGAGAAGAAAAAUAUUGCUGCUUCAAAAAUCCAAGCUGCUGUAAGAGGAUUUUUGAUAAGAAAAAAACUUCCACAACUUAUAACCGAUAUAAACACUCAAAAACAAAAUUAUGCAGCUACAUUGAUACAGUCUGUAUGGAGAGGUUACCAGAUACGUAAGAGAUACGUUUGUAGACGAGAAACAAUUCGCUUUCCCAAACAACGUGGUUUAACAUUAGGUCGACGUCAUAAUGAUGUAGAAGAUGUAUUGAGAAGACAAAAAAAGAAUGAAUAUUCAUAUAAAGAGUUAGCUGCGGUUUUCUGGACGCUUGAAUUGUGUACUUCGCUAUCUAAAGAGUUGUGCAAAAAGACAGCUGAAGGUACAAUUGUUGAUUAUAUUUUCCAUUUUUUACAAUAUUCAAACCAAUCACAACCUAGUGUAGAAGCUAGAGAACCAGCUAUCCGAGUGCUUAUUAAUUUAUUGCGUUACCAUGAGACUUCUUGGUACAUUUGGAGGAGAACAGUUAAUGCUGAUAUGGUAAAAGAUUUAAUUAAAAUUAUGAAGACAAGCUGUGGUAAAAUUGGUGCUAACAAAUUAUACUGCUCAAUUUCAACAUGGCUCUGGAUUGUAUUACAAGAUCCAGAAAAAAAACGAAUAAUACAGAACAUUACAGUUGUGGCAAUAGAUCUUAAAUUCAUGUUGGAUACAUUAAACAGAAAGUACAAAACACGAAAGGUCGAUAAAAAAAUGAUGGCACUACCAUCGACGAGGCCAACGUGGAAUAUUGGUUCUAAAUGUCAAAAAUGUUUUGAAUCUGACCUAUAUGCUACGACUCAGCUUUGUAAACUAUUGAACAUUAAGUGAUUUUUUUUAUAACUUUUUAAUUCAUAAUUUAUGUGUUGAUUUAUUUUUAUCAUAUUUUAACAAUAUUUUACAGUUUUUUAUCAUCUCAUUAAUUACUAUAAUUUGUUUUAAUAUUUAUUAAUGGAAUUAUGAUUUAUUGACCUAAUUUUUAUUAGCUUGUAGUUUUUCAUAUUUUUUACAAUUUCUUUUUUUUACUUAAGUUUAUAUAAAUAUAUCUACUUAAAUGAAUACAGCUGUAAACUAUAAUAGUAAUUAUUUUGUUUUUAUCUUAAAGAAUAAUAUAGUUAUAUUGA